GGUUUAUCGGUCUGCUAUUUGUGAUGGCUUUAGGAUUCUUCUGUCUCGCUAUCUUCCUUUACCUAAGUCUCGAUCCUGAUUCCGGUUACACAACUGCCUCCGCCGCUGCUUCUGGUAAAGAAGGUGUCGAGAUUACUUAUGGAAGUGCGAUUAAGCUGAUGCACGAGAAAACUAAAUUUCGAUUGCAUUCUCAUGAUGUGCCGUAUGGAUCCGGUAGUGGUCAGCAAUCAGUUACUGGUUUUCCAGGCGUCGUUGAUUCCAACAGCUAUUGGAUUGUUAAACCUGUGCCUGGGACAAAAGACAAGCAAGGUGAUGCUGUGAAGACUGGAGCAACCAUUAGAUUGCAGCAUAUGAAGACCAGAAAAUGGCUUCACAGUCACUUGCAUGCAUCUCCUAUAUCAGGGAACUUAGAGGUUAGCUGCUUUGGAGAUGAUACAAAUUCCGAUACCGGGGAUCACUGGAAGCUUAUAAUCGAAGGAAGUGGGAAGACAUGGAAACAGGACCAAAGAGUCCGGCUUCAACACAUAGACACUAGUGGCUACCUCCAUAGCCAUGACAAGAAGUACCAACGUAUAGCUGGUGGUCAGCAAGAGGUGUGUGGAAUUCGGGAGAAGAAGGCAGAUAACAUUUGGUUGGCAGCAGAAGGAGUCUACCUUCCCCUUAAUGAGAGCAGCAAGUAAGGUCCACAUCAACCUAAGUCUCCAAAUACAUUGUAAUAACUUUAAAUGUUCCCUAUAAAUUACUUUUGCUUUU